AUGCAACUAUCACAACAAGUGGAGUCGAUGCGUGUUUUAAUGAAUACUACAAAUUAUGCUUUCGGACAAAUUAAAUCCAAAAUGGAUAUAACAUAUCCACAUCGUCAACGUAUUGUCCGUGAUAUGAGACCAAUCAAAGAAAUUGUCAAGUUAUCUCCAGCUUUAUCAGUGACAAACUUGUUUGUUCGUGAAAUGAAUCGUCAUAGUGCUCCGUACGAUGGAGAUAUUAUUCAGGCAUUGAAAUCGAAUUGUUCAAGAAUGGUUGGAGAUUUAGAUCAACCAGAAAAAAAAUAUAUCGACGAAGGUAAUAAAUUAUAUCUAUCUUCGCGUCCUUUCUUUUCGACCACCUUUGUUUUUUCGAAUUUUCACGUCGAAGAAUUACUGAGAUUUUCAACAAAUCAUGAAAAUCAACGAAAAAUCUCGAAACAUAUAUCAUUCGAUUCGAUUUUCGAUGCUAACUCCGAAUUUAAUAUUUUUAUUGCAUAAAAAAUGAGUUCUGAAGGAGAAAAUAGAGAUCUACGGGCAGAAUUCCGAUUUUUUCGCUUCUGAUUCAGAAAAAAUGUAUUUUCUCAGGAAUGAAACAAAUUUUUGAAAAAAGCGAGCCGUUGUUUUGAAGAGGAGCAUCCGGCGAAUCUAAUUAUGCGAAAAACCGGGUUUUUGACCCCUUCAUAGUAUUUUACAAUUUUCUCAGCGAGAAAACGGUUUCGAGAGGCCGGCAAAACAUAUUCGCGAUCAGCGCGCGAUUCUCUAUCGAAUGGUAUGUAAACUAUAGAAAACUAACUUCUACUCGAUCUUUGCCUUACGUGCAUCUUAUCUUUCUUUUAUGUUUUAUUCGAUAAUAUGAACGAUGUUUUUGUUGCUUAAUGAAUCGAGACAAGAAAGAAAGCGAAUAAUAACUGCUACAUUUUUCAUUAUAAAUGCGGAUGAGAAAUAUAAGGCUACUUAGGCUUCUUUUCUCCAAAUUAUUUUUGAGGCCAUCGUAAACCUUCAUCUUUAUUAAAAAUAAAAGUAUUUUCAAUAGUUUAUCUCAUAUUCCAAUCUGAUGCGUUCUUCAAUAGAGAUCGACAAAGAGAAUUUUUUCUAGCACCGCAUUCUGUAAAUUCAAAUUUCAGAUAACUGUAAAUUUACAUUGGCAUCAUCUGCAAAGCGUAUCAUUUUCAUAAGGAAUCAUUUUGUCAAAUCCUUUCGUUUCAAAAUCCGCUUUACAUAAAUUAAUUCGUAGUUAAAGAUGCUUUGAAAAAAUCUUGGCCGCGACAUGUCCGUUGUUCUUAAUUGGUUUCGUUUUUUCUCUGAAAAAUAGCAAAGGGCUGCAAUCCUUUUUUUCGUGUCUCUAAAACACCUCAUCGCUUAAACACCUAUCACAAUUUAAUCAGCUUCUGAAACCUAACCUAACCCGUUUCCCAGUUAGAAGGCAUAGACCAGAUGGAUGA